UUGUACGUUCACUGGAGACGGCCGCAUGCAUAGAAGGUGGACCUCUACGUGAACGGUAUAUCCUGCAACAGUUUCAUUUUCACUGGGGACAUGAAAGCAGAUGGGGUUCAGAGCAUCACGUCGACGGUUUCAGCUAUUCUGGUGAAAUGCAUUUAGUAUUUCUUGCCGAACGUUACUCUGCACAGAAUGAUGCACUAGAGGAUCCUGAAGGCCUUUGCGUGCUUGGAGUUUUCCUACAUGCGGGAACCAAAGAAAACAAGGGAUUGAAAACACUGGUAAAAACCAUAGAAAAAUUGCAUAAUGCAAGUGAAGCCGUCCUGGACACGCCAAUUGAUAUCUUCGAGAUUGUACCAAAUUUGUCUCGAUACUACACCUACGAGGGAUCAUUGACAACACCGCCAUGUUCAGAAUGCGUCCGCUGGAUUGUCUGUGCCGACCCAGUAGAAAUUUCAGACUCGCAGAUAAGCGCUUCUAUUGCCUGUUAA